GAAAAUGUUUUAUAAAAUUUGCACCAUGUUAAUGGAGAAAAUCAAGAAUGUUCAACGUUUUAGAUACAAUUUAACAACUUAAAAGAGUUAACAUCUGAUUUCAUCAUGGAUUUCCUGUUGAUGCUAAUUAUCUACUGCAUUUUGUUCAUUGUUGGAACCCUAUGUGUGUUGUAUAGGGAUGCCCAGUUGCUAAAUUCUGGCCCCAUUGGAGUAUUAAAAAAUUUUGUUAUUGAGACUUUCAACAGACUAAUUCCACAAUCAUUACAGAAUGGAUGUUUCAAUCUGUGUGAGUAUCUUCUGUAUAGAAGGAACAGUUUUUUCCAGCUGAUAUUCGCUGUGCUCCUGUUGCUAGCCCAUGCAGUUUGGUUGGUGGAUAUGUUGCCCAUCCUGUAUCACCACUACCCUGCCCAUAAUCACACCUUCUGGCCAUUUGUGGCGGUGUUUGUAAACUAUUAUUGCUGGCACAAGGCAUGGACAGGUGACCCAGGGACAAUUACGAUGAAAAGCGUGAACAAAUACAUGCAGGUGUACCAGUAUGAUAAUGUGUUGUAUGAGUCUGGAAAAAAAUGUUCCACCUGCCAACUGCCUAAACCAGCACGAUCAAAACACUGCAGCAUAUGUAACAGAUGUGUGCACCGCUUUGACCACCACUGCAUAUGGACAAACAACUGUGUUGGAGGACUAAAUCACCGUUACUUCAUUCUCUUCAUGGCCACGCUGCUAGCUAUGUUUAUGCAGGGAAUUUAUGUGGGUACUGGAUGCAUUCUGGACUUCGCACAUGAAACAAGACUGUUCAAGGCCUCAUUUCGAGAUGAUGAUGGUCAAAUUAUGCCAAUCACAGUAUCUAUAGCAUUUCAGCAUCUGUUCAUGGCCCUACCACGCCUUGUGUUUCUCGUCAUAGCAGUAAUAGUCCUUACAAUCCUGGUUGGAAUUUUCUUCUGCCACCAUCUGUACCUCAUCUUUACCAACCAAACAACCAAUGAGAGGCACAAGCUGCAGGAAUUCAAAUACCAGAUGGACCAAUCAAAUUCAACCUACCAAUCAGAGACUAUUGAUUGGUCAAGGCAAUCAAAGUGUGAUAAACAUAGUGGUAAUAGGUCUAAUGACAAAAGAAAUGUUUUACAUUCAAAUUGCAGACCUUAUUCUAGAGGAAUUUUAAAUAAUUUUCUUGAAGUAUUUUUGCCCCAUAAGUUUAUACACUCUAGAAUAAAACAAAAUUGAUAAUCAGACAAUUAUUUUUUACAAAAACUGUACAUGGUAUCUCAGUUAAUAAUUGACAAUCAUGACAUGUGAUAGGUUUUGAAUAAAUUUAUAAUGUUGA